AUGGUUGGGAUCGGAGUGAGCUUCGAGUGCCUGAAUCGACGUGCGAAAACAUUCGUCCAUGAAGACGAUGGGAAAACACAAGGUAUUCGAGGAGAGGGGCGAGAAGUUGUGAAAUCAAGCAAUUCUGAUAGGAGGAUCUCAUCCACUGAAGGCAACUCGGACAGAAUAUGUCAUUCAGGUGGAAGAAUCACAACCGUUUCACAGGAAGGAGAGCAGAUCCGCCAUCCUCGCUGGAGGAUGUCUGCUUCAACGAACGCCAUCAAUCCAGUCGAUGGAAGAACGAUUGCUUCGCCGAAUGCCGUUAAUACGGUCGAUGGGGUCGAAUUCAUCCAGACCUUGAGAUGCCGUUAUACCCGCUUGUGUCAUCUUCUCGACCUCUCCUCUAGCCUCUUCUCGGAAAUUCUGCUCUUGAAGGCUCUCACGACCUUUGCGACAGCUCUCUUUAUGGCCUUCAUCAUCAUAGCUCCCGUCAUGACAUCCUCGCCGGUGGCAUUUCCAUUUCUUGGGUACAUACCUGGGAUCAUCCUGUCUGCGACGAAACUUCUGUCAACCUGUCUAGUCUGCCGAAACGUCAAAAACAACAGAUGGGAAAUGUCAACGAUCCUUUCAUGGGCGGCUGGGAAAACCAUCGUCGACUCCUCUUUCUUGAAGCAGAUCAACAUGUUUGAAAGGGAAAUUUCCCGGAGUUGGAAACCAGUGACUGCCUGCGGCCUGUUCGAGGUGGAUCUCCCGCUUCUUUCUGCUACGUUGGUGAACCUGUCCACCUUCUUCGUCGCACUGCUCCAGUUCCACCUCUCCUUAGUCCCCCAAUCCGGAGGCCCUUCACCUCAUUAGAAAUUUGACGAGAUGUCAGUUUCUGAAACAAUCCUCCGAAGGCAGUGGCCGAUUUUCCUGGAAUAUCUCGAUGUCGAUGCGAUUUCCCCGAUUCUCAUCUCCAAAUACGUCCUCCCGGUGGACUGGAUGGACAACGGGGAGAAGCCGCUGAGGGCGCGCGAGAAGAGGGAGGCGAUCCUCAGGAUCGUCCGCGCGAAGGGUCGGACCGGGUUCCAAGCCUUCAAGAAGGCCCUGGCGCAAGUCGGACAGUCGCAUCUCGUGUCGUCGCACGCCUUGGACGCGUUGCCGAACCAAAAGGCGUGCCUUCCCUUUGAGGAUGAUGAUGCUGGCGUGGCAGCCUUCAUGAAAGGUGCCCGGUCGAGAUCCGGUCGCGUUUCUCUUCCGAAUAUCUCGUUCCCCAUCUUCCAGGAAUCUCGUCCUCAUUCCUUAAUGCCCGGCGAGCCUUCACCUGAAGACCGAGUUGAUGCUGCUGAAGCGGUAGCCGUGAUGCUCGACGACGCUGAAGAGUCCAGGGACCCGGCGAGGCCGCGUUUGAGUGCCGCCGGACUGAUUGGGCCGACUGCACCGACCAGAGAGGAGGACAAGGCCCAAUGCCCCAUUGGACGCAAGGAGGAAAGAGAGGGAGGAAGGGAGAAAGAAAGGGAGGAAGGAAGGGAGGAAGGAAGGGAGGGAAAGGCUCUGCCUGCGUCCUUCACCGGGGAGAAGACUUCUAACCGAACCCUGAAGGAGAGUACCCUGCGUGCAGACAAGGAAUGGAGAUUAGAUGAAUUCGUUAAACUCUUGAAAGAAGACGUGGAAUCAUCACUCAUCAGUGCUGCUAGGCAGUGCCUGCAGGAAGAAAAAGCGGGGAGAAGGAUCCCGUGUGCCACCAAGAAAGUCAUCGAGGAGGCUUGGGGAAAG